GGGAGGGGAGAGCAGAGGGCCUGGCCGUGUUACACAACCCCACAGAGGGCUCCCACCCCAGGCACGGGACUGUUCUCCCAGCUGCAGACACCAGCGCAGGCCCUUGAGUUGUUCCAGGAGCGCGCCAAGGAAUCAGCGCGACUGGUGCCAAGGUGCAGCUGGCUCUGGGGUGGGAGAGCCAAGUAACAGCCUCACCCUGCUCCCUGCAGAUUGAGCCUCCCAUUGCCAGGCAGAGGCGCUGGAGCCCCCUGACGUUCAGGAGAGAGGACCCCCCACACCGCUCCCUGCAGCACAGCUCCCCGAGUAGCGCAUAGGGACCCACACUGACGCCGGGAGUCUGUCUCUGUCCCAGCCCUGCCAUGGCACGUGAAUACUUCACCCACAAGGGAGUGCUGUUCCCACGCCUGGAUUAUUCCCUCGAGAAGCUGAGCUACGUGGAGAACGAAUUCCAGGUGCAGGACGACGACGUCUUCAACAUCACCUACCCCAAGUCAGGCACUAACUGGAUGCUGGAGAUUCUGAGUCUGAUCCGUUGUGCCGGGGACCCCGGCUGGGUGCGCAGCGUGCUGAACUGGGAGCGGGCGCCCUGGGUGGAGAACCACCUGGGGCUGGAGGCUGCCCUGAAAUACCCCCCGCCCCGGCUGCUCUGCUCCCACCUCCCCGUCCAGCUCUUCCCCAAGUCCCUGCAGCGCUCCAAGGCCAAGAUCAUCUACACCCUGCGCUGCCCCAAGGACGUCCUGGUCUCGCUGUACCACUUCUCCAAGCUGCUCCGCCUCUUCAAGGACCUUGGCUCACUGGACUCCUUCCUCGAGGACUUCCUGAGCGGGAACGUGCCCUACGGCUCCUGGUUCGACCACGUCACCGGCUGGAUGGGGCUGAAGGGCAACGAGAACUUCUUCUCCAUCACCUACGAGGAGCUGCAGCAGGACCCGCGGGGCAGCGUGCGGAGAAUCUGCCACUUCCUGGGGAAGGAGCUGAGUGAGGAGCAAGUGGCCGCGGUGGUGGAGAACGCCUCCUUCCAGAGCAUGAAGGGGAACAAAAUGUCCAACUUCUCCCAGCUGAGGGACGAGUACAUGGACCACCAGGAUGGGGAGCUCCUGAGGAAAGCUGAGUCCAGGCCUGGGCUAGCAGGGGGCUGCGAGCUGGGACUGAGGGGCACCAGCAGAGCUGCGGGGGCAGGGCUGGGGGGCAGGGGCUGUGGGUAGGGAGUGAGGG